ACAAUGCCAACGAACUCACUCCCUCCAUCCGCCUUCGCUGACCUCGACCUCCCCUCCGAGUCUAUCGCUGCCAUGACUUCCAAACCUUCGUCCGCGCAAAAUGCACCCGUGCUAGCUCCUCCAAGCUCUGAAACAGCUCCUCCCUCCACCUCUCUCUCCCUCGCCGACUCUUCCUCCUCCGCCGUAGGCCCCAAGCCGCCUCCCAAUACAACCGCCAUCUCCCUCUACGCCGAACACCUCCUCCAUAUCCGCACCGUCACGCUCUCUGCCUCCCUCCGCACAGCGCGCACGCAGCAAACGCGGGCCGUGCUUUCUGCGGAUGGGUCUGAAGUGAGCAUAAGCCAUGAAGGAGAAGUUGCAACAAUACGGUUGCCGGUGCGAGUAAGAUUAAAGCCUGGUGACGACGGUAGCGCAGAGGCAGCGCUGGUCCUGCCAGGAAAGCCGGAGGGGAAGGAGAUUAGUUUGCGGUUGAGCGCUGAGGAUGAGGGGGGCUUGCUUGGUAGUCCGGGUGGAAGGACUAUAGAUGCAGAGGGGAACUGGGUUCCCUGGGGUGCAGCUGCCUUAAAUGAGACGCGGCAGGACAGGAAGAAGGUAAGGGUCGUUUGUAAGAAGUGUGGGAACCCCGCUGUGCGAGAGGGGAGCGUGGGCGAGUGGAGAGAUCUGCCGAAUGAGAACUGGGCUGAAAUGAUGGAGUUCUGGCAUUGCCAUCGACCAGAUCAUGAUCACGGACACGAUCAUAAACACAGCAAUGAAAGUGACGGAGGUAAGAGUAAGGGCUAUGCAGCUGCGAACCAACUGAGGGCCCUGAGUGGUGUCGGGUUCGUGGAUUUGGGAGCUCUCCUACUAAAAGAGGAGGAUUGUGAGAGUAUUGAGGUCUCACAGUCUCCCGGGUCUCGACCUUCUAAACUCCUCUGCCAGACGUGCAAAGCUCAGCUCGGUGAAGUCGACGAUCGAGCUGAGGGCUUCAGGCUGUGGAAAUGGAGCUUGGCCAUUGCGGAAUCUUCUGCUCAAGAAGUAGGACCAGAACAACCCCGGAAUCUAGACUCAGACAUAGCCAUGAAGCCUAAGUUAACGACGUAUAGCAAUCAGAAAUGGGUAUCUGCGCACUUUCUAUCCCUAAUCGAAAAUCAAGCUGUCAGAAAGUUCUGUGUCAAGCCUAAGCAUGACGACGAGAUCAGUGGAGAAGAGAAGAUCAUGAUCUGGGUUUUCACGCCCGACCUGACAUUUUCCUCCUCUAUUUCGUCUUCUGGCACACCUCCGACAACACUCCACCACCCCGAACCUACCCGCGCGAUGAAGGUUCUUUAUCAACUCUCGUCACCUACAACGUCGAGAUCACAAGAAGAGCAGAACUCAUUUUCAGUUGAAGAAGUCCGAUUCCCUCCUUUUGUUUAUAAAGACCUGAAGACGGCCUUGAAGGAGAGUGGAAUGCUGAUGCCGGAGACUGCGAGGAUGUUCAAGACGUGGCAGGUGGGGUUGUUAGAGAGGUUUCAGAGUGGGGACAAGACGUAAAGGUUGAUGUACUGAAACUUAGGCUGCCUCUUGCCUGAUUGGCUAUUUGGUAGCUGAGCUACUCCUCACAAUACUUCGUAGUCUCAAGCGGGCAAGCGUGGAGUCUGGCGUGUACCUAAGCUCUCGACCUAACACUAUAUCUCUCCCCACCGCACUACCGAUUGAUGUCAAGCUUCAGCCCUAAUGCAUUAUGAGGAUGCUCGGUAGCAUGUGGGGCUGAUGAAAGAAAUAGCAUUUUACAUAGUGUCCUGAUCACAUAUGUUUUGUGACUAUGAUGGGCAUCAUUCAUCGGCCCCAACGCCAUUGUCCGCUACUCUCAGGCCACUACAUGGUACGAUGAGGAGCACGAUUUCACCCACCAAAUCACACAUGGUUUGACAGAUGCUUAGCUUUUGUACCCAGAAUCCACCCCUUGGGUCAUGCGAUUACCAUCUGGUAUCAUUUGAAGAUAGUAAACAGCCG